GCAGUUUGUCUAGGGAUGGAACAAAAACACCUCGAUAUUCAUGUGAUAAACAAUCUAUAUGUCCAGGUGAAGUAGUAUCGAAGCAGUGGCAAUGGCCUACCGACGGUUUGAAGGCGUUGAUCACACCGCAAAAUACGCGAGAUAUAGACCUAUGUGGCCGAGCCAUGUUGUUGAACGAGUACUGAGUUACUUAGAGGAAAAGCUUCCCGCUCCUCACGACCGAGCAGUGGACGUGGGUUGUGGUUCAGGACAGUUCACACAACUCCUGGCCCCUCACUUUAACCACGUGACCGGAAUUGACGUCAGUGACAACCAGAUUCAAGAAGCGCGUAAAAUGAAUCAAUGUAAAAACAUACAGUAUAGUUCCGGUCCAGCUGAGACUCUGCCCCUAAAUGACCACUCUGUUGACCUAGUGACCAGUGCAAGUGCUGCCCACUGGUUUGACUUGGACAAGUUCUACACAGAGGUGGACAGGGUUCUAAAGCCAAAUGGGUGUGUAGCUCUACUAGGUUAUCCAGUUCGCAGAACCGCAGUGGAUGCCAACCCGAACGGUAUUUUGCUAACACAGCUCUUGAGUGACUUUGACAAACUGCUGGUCGAUGAAAAUUGCUGGGAGAAAGGGAACUUUAUCUCUCACGACGGAUACAAAGACCUUCUCUUUCCUUACUCAGAUUUUGUGAGGGACGACUGUCUGACUCUUGAGUACGAAGCAACACUAGACAAUUUCAUCGGUUAUCUCCGCUCUUGGAGUGGCUACAUCAAAUAUAUGGAGAAGUACCCAGAAAGCGGUAUACUAGAGACUUUACGGGAUAGCAUGCUGAAAACUUUGAACAUGACGUCAUCGGAAGCAAAGCUAAAUGUGAAGCAUAACGUCUUCAUUCUACUCGGACGAAAGCCAGGUCCUUGA